AUGUCUCUCAAGGUUGCCUUCCUCAACGAAAACGCCCGAGCCCCCACUCGAGGCUCUGUGCACGCUGCUGGCUACGAUCUGUAUGCUGCCGAAGAGAAGACUAUUCCUGCCAACGGUCGAGGUCUGGUUGAUCUGGGUCUGUCCAUGUCCAUUCCCGAGGGCACCUACGCUCGAAUCGCUCCCCGGUCCGGGCUUGCUGUCAAGAAUGGCCUGAGUACUGGCGCCGGUGUUAUUGACUACGACUACCGAGGCCCCGUCAAGGUGAUGCUGUUCAACCACAGCACAGAGGACUUCAACGUGACCAUUGGUGACCGGGUUGCCCAGAUGAUUCUCGAGCGAAUCGUCACCCCCGAGGUCCAGGUUGUCCAGACCAACGAUCUGGAGUCCACCGAGCGAGGAGCUGGCGGGUUUGGUUCCACCGGAAUCAACGACGAGAAGAAGCGUAAGUUGGACGAGGCUGAGGCUAAGGAGUGA